GUCAUGAAUUGCUAUCCUCAUUUGAAGAUUGUCCAGCUGCGGUGAAGUGAAGUGUCAUCUAUCACAUGUGCAAAGUAUGGCUGGCUAUCGCUAAGACCUACGUGACCUCACUCGGCGCCUGACCGCCUGUUCAAAAGAUUAAUCAUUUUUCGACCCUAGACAGCAUGGAACAGCCUUGUCCUUGGUAAUGAAGCAAAGGUGCGACCAUAGUCAACCCGAAACUGCUCUCGGAAGGGUAUAGCUGCUGCGGUCAUUGACCGUCGAAUCCAAUCUCUCAACAAAUCUUGUACCAUCAACUCAGGCUCGCUUUGUCUGAUAAGGUAGCCUCUUGCACCAUGCGUCUCUACGCCAUCGCCGACCUCCACUUGAGCUACAAACACAAUAGAGAAGCAUUGGAUGAGCUGCAGCCCCACGACGAAGACAGCUUGAUCAUCUGUGGCGACGUCGGAGAGCGGCUUGAGCACCUUCAGGAAGCCUUUGAAAUCACGACGAAACUAUUCAAACAAGUGUUCUGGGUGCCCGGCAACCACGAAUUGUACACGCUCCCUGGAGUCACCACCGAAGAUGAUCUGGACAAAGAACUAAGAGGAGAGUACAAAUAUCAGGAGUGUGUGAGAGUUGCAAAUGAAUGCGGCGUCAUCACCCCAGAGGAUGAGUUCGUCAAGUGGGAAGGAGAAGGCGGACCUUGCCUGAUCUGUCCAAUCUUCACACUCUACGACUACAGCUUUCGACCGGCCCACGUCACCAGAGAAAAGGCUCUUGACUGGGCCAUUGAGCAGAACGUAUAUGCAACCGACGAAGCACUAUUGCAUCCCGACCCGUAUCAAAGCCGAGACGAGUGGUGCACAGAACUCGUGUCCAAGACGGAAGAACGGCUGGAAAAAGCUGCUGCCAGGAACAUCCCGCUCAUCAUCAUCAACCAUUGGCCACUGCGUGAGGACACAAUCACCAUACCCAGUAUUCCAAGGUUCAGUCUGUGGUGUGGAACGAAGAAAACCGAGGACUGGCACAAGAAAUUCAAUGCCAAGGUUGUUGUCACGGGGCAUCUCCACGUUCGAAGAACCGACUGGAUCGACGGAGUCAGAUUCGAAGAAGUGAGCUUGGGUUACCCUCGUCAGUGGCAGGCGGCAAAGGACAGAGGGCUGGAUAUCAAUGACCUUCUUAGAGAGAUCCUGCCGGGCAUGCCCGAUCCUGGAGACGGAAGAACCAUUUGGCGGCGGUCUGGAGUUCCUUCCGACUGGACACGAACUUGACUUCACCCUCACCCUGCCUUGACGGUUCUACAUUGGCACUCCAAACAGACCAGCCCGAACACGUACGACUUAUUGGCUCUACACAUUCGACAAUAAUGCUGCCAGAGUUGAGUCCAGCCCAAAGCACUCUCUCAGGCCACGUCGCCAUUCUACAGCGUACAUGUCGCACACCUUGCUGAAUUUGAUGCCUUUGUUCUUACAAUGGACCCUUCACAAUCACGCCCCAGGGGUCAUACUCAUGCAAGGAAACGCCAACUCCGUCAUCAGGUCAUGAUUGCCUUCGGCCCAGAGACCGACGUGUCAUCUACCUAGGCCCCAAUUCCACAAAACGUCAAGCUUCCACGCAGCCCUCUUGGAGACUCCGACCGUCUUCUUCCGUCCACUAUGCACGUCCGGAUCAGUGCAGAUACUCUCAAGGUGGAUCUUACUGUGGAAUGUCGAUGAAGCGCUCCAGAUUAAAAGGCCUGUAAGUCGGCUUAUGCCUCUCGAGGAUAGGAUAGACAGGAUAGAGCAAGAUCUAUAGACGGAAGUACACAAGACUCUCGGGUUCACUAUGC